GAUUCACUUGCCUUUUGGCCGUGUGCCGUGUGUCGUGUGUGUUUUACCUGUUGCGCGUCGUGAGGGGAGUGGAAGAAUUCGUCGCACUUGAUUUUCGGCGUGUAACAAGUGAGAAAAUCGGCUUAUGGUUCUUAUGCAUAAAAACAUGCACGUGAAAUCGCAUCUAACGGGGCUUGCGGUGCUGCUGCUGCUGCUGCUGCUCUGCGUGUCCCACGCGCAUGGCGCUGUUAUCCAUAGGAGGGAGGAGAGCGGCACGAAUCAAACGAUCUGGGACCUAACGGAGGCCCUGGCCGGCACAGCGGGUCUACGUGGUUUCAGUGGCACCUGGAUAACAGAUGAAGAAUUUUAUUACACUGCCACCGACAGAUCCAUACAUAAAUUUAAUGCUGCCACCAAAACUGAUAUUAUAUUCCAAAAUUCCUCAUUUCUGAACAAUUAUGAUGGUGCCACAUUUACGCUCUCCACGGACAAUACAAAGAUCCUCAUACGACACAAUCUGACAGAGUUGUUCCGGCACUCGUACAUUGCCCAGUAUGAUGUGUAUGAUAUCGAGACGAACACAACCAUUCAGAUCCACAAGGGCGAGAAAUUGCAGUACUGUGGAUGGUCGCCGCUGAGGGAUCGACUGGCGUAUGUCUAUCUGAACAAUGUGUACAUACAUUUCAAUGAGAAUCUGGAGAUAAGCAUCACGGAUGAUGGCGUUGAUGGUAUCGUCUAUAAUGGUGUGCCCGAUUGGGUGUACGAGGAGGAGGUUUUGAGCAGCGGCAGCGCCAUUUGGUGGUCAGCGGAUGGCACAAAGCUGGCCGUUGGCUUCUUCAACGACACCGAAGUGGAGACAUUCAAUUACUUCCUUUAUGGCGAUGGGGAUACCACCUUCUAUCAGUAUCCGCAUCAAGAGCAUCUCAAGUAUCCGAAAACGGGCACCAAGAACCCCGUUGUCAACCUGCGGGUGUACGAUUUGACCAACUCUGAUCCCACCAUGCAACGCAUUGGGGCACCCAUUGAUGUUGUGAGCAGCGAUCACAUUCUACAGAAUGUUGUGUGGUCGAACAACACACAUUUGCUCAUUACCUGGAUGAAUCGUCGCCAGAAUUUGUCCUCCAUACAGAGCUGCAGCCAUUUGGGUGUCUGCGUGGAGGUGAAGCGUCUGGAGGAGCCUCAAGGUUGGGUCGACAUUAGCACGCCCAAGUGCCUGGGCAGUGGACAGAGCUGCAUCUUUGCCUAUUACAUCGACAACUGGUAUCAGGUGUGGAAUUUGAAUCUGGAGACGGGCGUCAAUAGCUGGCAAUCGAGGGGCAACUUUACAGUGCUCAACGUCUACGGAUACGAUGAAGUGAAUAAUAAAUUAUACUACCAGGCCACCAAGGCGAAUGAUCCCUCCGUUUAUCAUGUGUUCAGCAACGACGAUUGUCUGAGUUGCAAUCAAAUCGAUGUGGAUGGGCAGGAAUGCCGCUCGGCCAGCGCUACCUUCAGCAAAUCCUUUGGCUACUACACACUGUCCUGCAGCGGACCCAAUCCCUCGUAUACACGCAUCUUUGAGGCAAACACAAACACGCUGGUAAUCGACUGGGAACUGAAUACAGAGUAUCGCGCCAAACUGCAGGAGAAACUGCGUCCAAGCUAUAAGUUCUUGAAUGUGACCCUGGCCGAUGGUAGCAUUGGCAUGGCCAAACUGGCGCUGCCCCCACACUUUGAUGAGACAAAGAAAUAUCCACUGAUUGUGGUGGUCUAUCAGGGACCGAACUCUGUGCGCGUAACCAACGGAUUUACAUUGGGCUACGAGGCAUUUGUGACCACCGCCAGGAAUACGAUCUAUGCGUAUAUCGAUGGCCGGGGCACGGGCAACAAGGGCAAGGAUCUGCUCUUUUCGGUUAACAACGAUCUGGGCGAUCACGAGGUGGAGGAUCAACUCUAUGUCACCGAAUGGAUGCAACAGAAUCUACCCUAUGUGGAUGCCGAACGUUGUGGCAUUUGGGGAUGGUCAUAUGGCGGUUAUAUGACGGCCAAGACCAUCGAAAAGGAUGACAAACGCAUCUUCCAGUGCGGCGUGUCGGUGGCGCCAGUAACCUCCUGGUUGUAUUACGAUACAAUAUAUACGGAGCGUUAUAUGGGUCUGCCCACGGAUGAGGAUAACCUAAAGAAAUAUACGGAGAGCAGUGCGUUCCAGAAUCUGGAAAACUUCAAUACCCAUGAUUUCCUAUUGAUUCAUGGAUCGGGCGAUGAUAAUGUACACUACCAGCAUUCCCUGCUGCUGGCCAAAUUGCUCCAAAGAGCGGACAUACAGUUUGAAGAGCAGACCUAUACCGAUGAGAACCAUAGCAUUGGUAAUGCGCUGCCCCAUUUGUACAACACCAUUGACCAUUUCUGGAUAAACUGCCUCAACCUGGAAGUCCUCACAGCCGAGGACACUCUCUAAAUGGACGAUGUGUUCCCUCUAGUCAAAAGUAUUUUUAAAUGCUAAAUGUUUUUUGUAUUGUUUUUUUUAUUUGUUUGUAUAUCAACAUUUUUGCAUAAUCAAAAGUCUUUUGAUUGUAGGAUUAUGCUGGAAGAUGAAUUGUAAUUAUAAAUAUUUUCCUUCAA